AUGUCUGAUUCAGAAGAUAGUUCUAUUGAUACUAAUGAGUAUUCUAUACAAGAUUAUUAUAAAUUGAUAAGACCGCUUUGGGCAGCUAAGAAUGUUAAUGCUAGUUACUUGAAUAAUCAUAAAUUACUUCGUACCCUUGUUGAUUUCUCCUUAACUCAUUCAUUAUUCUUAAAAAAUUUACAAAAACGUGAAUUAGAUCUUGGUGAUAUAAUACCUACUAAAAUCAAUUAUUUAAACUCAUUAGUGAUAAGGACUCCAAACCAUAACAAUUUAAACAAUCAACAGAACCCUUAUCAAUACUAUGGAUGUUUCAGAAAUAAAUUUGUUGAAUUCUGUCCUCAUUUAGCUAUCUCAGCUUAUUUAUUCACCAGAUUUCAUAUUCCUGAUGAUUAUGGAUCAUUAGAAUUCAUAUUUAAUGAAAAUCAUAAAUUAAAUCUUCAAGAUGUUAAAUUAUUAAAGGGAAACAACAAAUUAUCUGCCAUAUCAUAUAGUCAACAACAUAAAUCAUCUAUAAAUGCCCUUGGAUUAAGUGGUUUAAAUUAUAAAGAUAUCAAUUUAAAUAAAUUAUUAUCAACUCAGGAGUUUGAAAUUAACGAUAAAUUGGUUUCACUUGAUAUUGAACAAUUACCACAUCGUUUAAUGUUACAAUUAGCUGGGAACUUUACAAGUUUUAAUGAUUAUGUGAUACCUAGAAAUAAUUUAGAACCACCUCAAGAAUUAUUAGAUCAAAUAUUCCCAUUUAUAAAUACUAUAGAUCCAAUUCUGGAUAGUUCGUCCAUGUUAAGAAUCAAACAUUUAUUAACCAUAUUAAGACGAAGUUUGGUUCAAGAUAUGGUUAUCAUCAAGAGAAAGUAUCCAAAUAAUCCAAUAUCGAAACAUCCAUUAUUUAAUAGUGAAGCAUUUAAUAAAUUCAAUAUUAAUAUGGAUGAUAUGAGUGAUAAUUAUGAAAGUAUGAUAAAUAAUCCAAAUCUUGAUUUAUCUAAAAUUGUUGAAAUUCAAAAUAAUAAAAUUAAAAAUUUACAAGAUCAAUUAAAUAAUAUUUACGGAGAUCAAAAGAAUGUAUUUGAAAAUUUCAACUCCUUUGUUGAACUUCAAAAUGAUGUAUUUCAAAGGCAAAGUGAACAUUUACAAAAGAUUCAAAAUUCAAUUAAUGGUUUAUUAGUGUUGUUUUCUACUAGAAAUAAGAAUUUAAUUCCAUUGGCUCAACAAAGUUUAAGUGAAACUUCAGAAUUUAUAAAUUCGAUUUCAAGUGCUAAUGUGAAUCAAGGGUUGAAUAAUACUUUGGAAUUAUUAUCUAAAUUAAGUUCAACCAAUGCAUCUCAAGUCAUAACCAUUAAUAAUACUAAUCCAGUGUUUAAUGCUCUUCAACCAAUCCAACAAAUUCCACAACCAUUACAACCUCAAGCUCCACUUACUCCACAACAAUUAGAAAGACAGCUUAUUUUAAAUAGAAGAUUAUCAAGACAAGCUACUACUCUAUUUGAAAUGUGGGAUGAUUUCAAAGGGUUAGAGCAAGCCUUAAAAGAUCAUGAAAUUACAGUUACAGAAUGGUUAAAAGUUCAUGGAAGUUCUGAAAGACAAUUUAGACAUACUAGAUUAAAAAUCAUUAAAUUCAUUGAAGAUGAAUCAGCCAGAAGAAACUGUAGUGUUGAAAUCAUUAAAGAGAAAUUACAUAACAAAAUGAGAAAUAGAUUAAGACCUUGGACUUUAGAUGAAGUUCAAAGAAUGUUAACUUCAGGUAAGAGAAUUAAUCUUAAUGAUUAGAGUCUAUUUGGUUUCUUGUCAAAGCUUCUAUCUAAUUUUUUAUGUAUGAAAACUCUUUACAAAAAUGUAUCAUAUCCCACCCCCCCUAAUUAUUAAUGGAGUAUAGAUAAUCUUACCUAUACUCCUUAAUAGUUGCUUAUUUAUUAUUUUCUUCUACUUAUUCUUUUUACUUUUACAUUUACAUUUACUUUUACUUACAACCUGUAUUAAUUAUCUUUUCCAU